CUGGCCCUUCCCUCUCCAUUUAAGGUGCAGAGCAGCCGGACGCCGGCAGUCGAAGGAAGAGAAACACAACGCUGAGCAAGCAGCCAACGCUAGAAAAAGAGACCAUGAGGGAGAUCGUGCACUUGCAGGCCGGCCAGUGCGGCAACCAAAUCGGAGCCAAGUUCUGGGAAGUCAUCAGUGACGAACAUGGCAUAGACCCAACUGGCACCUACCAUGGAGACAGUGACUUGCAGUUGGAGAGGAUCAAUGUCUACUACAACGAGGCCUCAGGUGGGAAGUACGUGCCCAGAGCUGUCUUGGUUGAUCUCGAACCUGGCACCAUGGACUCAGUCAGGUCUGGUCCUUUCGGGCAGAUAUUCAGGCCUGAUAACUUUGUAUUUGGUCAAAGCGGUGCUGGGAACAACUGGGCCAAGGGACACUACACAGAAGGUGCUGAGCUGGUGGACUCUGUGCUUGAUGUAGUUAGGAAGGAAGCAGAGAGUUGUGACUGUCUCCAGGGCUUUCAGCUGACCCACUCUCUUGGUGGAGGCACAGGGUCAGGUAUGGGGACCCUCCUGAUCAGUAAGAUCCGCGAGGAAUAUCCAGACCGUAUCAUGAACACCUUCAGUGUGGUACCAUCACCCAAGGUCUCGGACACAGUGGUGGAGCCUUACAACGCCACCCUUUCAGUGCACCAGUUGGUGGAAAACACAGACGAGACCUUUUGUAUUGACAACGAGGCUCUCUAUGACAUCUGCUUCCGGACCCUCAAGCUCACAACCCCCACCUAUGGAGACCUCAACCACUUGGUCUCUGCAACCAUGAGUGGUGUGACCACCUGCCUCCGUUUCCCUGGCCAGCUCAAUGCUGACCUUCGCAAACUGGCUGUAAACAUGGUGCCCUUCCCUCGUCUCCACUUCUUCAUGCCCGGCUUUGCCCCAUUAACCAGCCGUGGCAGCCAACAAUACCGAGCUUUGACGGUGCCAGAGCUAACACAGCAGAUGUUUGAUGCCAAGAACAUGAUGGCAGCCUGUGACCCCCGCCAUGGGCGCUAUCUGACAGUUGCAGCGGUCUUCAGAGGCAGGAUGUCCAUGAAGGAAGUGGAUGAGCAGAUGCUGAAUGUACAGAAUAAGAACAGCAGCUACUUCGUCGAAUGGAUCCCCAACAACGUGAAGACAGCAGUCUGUGAUAUCCCACCCCGUGGUCUUAAAAUGGCUGCUACAUUUAUUGGCAACAGUACAGCGAUCCAAGAGCUCUUUAAGCGCAUUUCUGAGCAAUUCACAGCCAUGUUCCGGCGCAAGGCCUUCCUCCACUGGUAUACAGGCGAGGGCAUGGAUGAGAUGGAGUUCACAGAAGCAGAGAGCAACAUGAAUGACCUGGUCUCAGAGUACCAGCAGUAUCAGGAUGCUACUGCCGAAGAAGGGGAGUUCGAAGAGGAGGCAGAGGAAGAAGUAGCAUGAAGUCCUCAUCUCUCUUUUUCUCUCUCACCCUUUCUCCCUCUUUCUCACCCUCCUCAUGACUUCUCCUCUUUAUUCCCCUCAGUCCUCUGAACAAAUGGACCAUGUCGCCUGCACUGGCAUAGACUUGAAUGUUCUUGGCCACCCUAGCGGAGUGAAACCAGAGCUGCAGUGAAAGCCUGCCCAUCGUAAAUGACAGAAGGUGGAAUGAAGUGCACAGGAUUGCUGGAUGUGGGAUGUGUGGGAAGGAGACAUAGCAGGCUUCAAAGUCCAUGUUCAGGAAUGGCAGCAAGUGGUAAUAAUGUCUGUUGUAAAAGCACUAUUAUCCAAUAUAUUUUCUCACCUCCUCACUCCACCCACUCUCCUGAGCACCUUCCUGCAGUGCUCUCUCUCCCUAAGUGUUUUGUGUGGUCAUGUGAAUUUUUGUUUUUUUCAGAAAUGAGUAUGCACUAACUCGAAACUUGGAUUUGUUUUUUGGUUUCUUCAUCCACGCUGGACUUAAAGGAAAAGAUUAAUGGAGCUUGGGGUAGAGGGCACAGGGGGAUGGUGUGAGGGUUGGGUGGGGCUCUGUCCUUUAGGGUGAACUGUAGUCCCCCUUUUGAGUGUGUUUGCUGUCAAAGCAGUUAUUCGUCUCCACAAUAAACUACUGAAUGAUGA